AUGUCCAGACCGCUUUCCACCUAUCACUCGUCGCCAUGGGCGUCGAGCAAUGAGCACCACCAACACAAAGCCUCAUCGCAUCACCAUCAGCCUCACCUUGCUCACUCAGCCUACUCUGCAUCCGCCGGUCCAUCCACCUAUCGCGCUCUUUCCAGUGGUCACAUUUCACCUACCACCUCGACGCAACAGCCGCACAACCAUCAUGUCGACCCUUGGGUAGCUCAUCGGUCUGCCUCUGUCGCUGGUCCAUCCGGUUCCCCACUGCCACACACCUUUACUUCGCCAGCGUCUGUUGCCACCAACAACGCUUCUGCUGAGCAGCCCAUCAUCCGUACCACUCACGUCACCGCCGACGGCACCACCAUCUAUGCCGCCACUGGCCGCAAGCGCAAGCGUCUUCAAAAGGCCUGUGUCGCCUGUCACAAGGCCAAGCGUCGUUGUGAUGGCGGCCUUCCAUGUUCCAACUGCGACUUCAGCGGCCGCACUUGUUGCUAUUCGGAUGCUAAUGGCAAAAUGGUGCUCCCCACCGCUCGUGUCGCCAUCGAAGCCGGUCAGCCCUCAGCAACGGCAGGCCACUCAGGUGCCACUCUUCACCCAUCCGAGGCGCUCACACCGACCUACGGAGCUGUCGCUCAGGUCUCGAGCCCUAGCAGUAGCGACCUCUCCGGACGUGGACGUGCCAACACUAUAAGUUCCAAAUCGAGUCCCAUGUCGCUACCCCGUCUCGAGGGUCUGCCUUCCAUCGACGAUGUGGCACCUGAACGCAGGCGAGAUCUGAUCAGCAUCUUCUUCUCGCAGAUUCACCCCUUCAGCUGUGUAAUGGACGAGAUCUCGUUACUGCGCGACCUCUCCACGUCCGAGGUGCCUGCCUACCUGCUCAUGGCCAUGUUUGCCCUUGCUGCUCGCUUCGAGCAAGGCAUUAGCGAAGCCGAGCGCGAACACCGCUUUGCCCACGGCGAGGCUUUCGCUCGCUCUGCUCGCCGUAUGCUUCAGGACGAGGACCAGGACGGCUUCACUCUCCUCGAUCGCCCCGACGUCGACCUCGCUCUCACGCUCUGCUUCCUUGCUGCUCACGAGCUUGGCAUGGGCCGCCUUCAACGCGCGCUCUCGUACUCAAACGACGCGGUACGCAUCGUAGCAGUGCUUAAGCUCGCCGAUGGCCAGCUGCCGCCUGCGCGCAAGAAUAACUACUCGCGUGACUCUUUCUCUUCGUCGUCCUGGCCUCGCCGCGCCACUUGUGAGCGCCUCGCUCUGCUUGCUUGGACUCUGGACAUGACCAUUGCUGCGCUCGCUGGACAGUCACCAAGCGUUCGUCGAUCCGUGGUGCUUGCUGCUGCUCGCAAGUUUGGCACGUCAGGUGAUGAGGUGCGCGACGAUGUCACCAAGUCGUUUGCUCGACUUGCCGAGAUUGCCACCGUGUUCGGCCUUGUUGUCGACGCCAACGAGCCCGACAGCAAGGGCGAAGAAGCACUCCAGUCAUGGGCUGCUGCGCUCAUCGUCGAGCACAAGUUUGACGACUACAACAUGAAGCAGGCCAGCCGUCUGCUCGAGGAGCCUGAGGCGAGCGCUGCCUCGCACCGUGCAUGGUUCUGGGCUCAAAUGCACCUCGUGGCUGAGUGCUCUGUCUUCCUCAUGGAGGCUCGCCGCGCCGGGGCUCCUCAGGUUGACCGUGGUCAGCAGAAGGCUGCGCUUGACAACAUCAACCUGAUCCUGUCGGUACUCAGCAUCACGGGUCGCCGCAACCUGUUUGCCUUCCCUGCCUUGCUCAUGAGCACGCAGUACAGCCGCCCUGGCCCUGACGCCUCGCGCUGGUGGGCGACUGCUCGCCAGUGCUGGAACCUGACUGAGCAACAGAUUUCCGACGCCGCUCGGUUUUUUGUACGGCCGAGUAACGAUGCUCCCUCUCCAGGGGGACGGGUUGUGGCCUUGGAUGUCGGAGAGUCGUUGAAGCUGCCUAGGCUUUCCAGUUCGUCUUUGGUCAACAACUCGGGACGAUCUGGCGCGCUGCCUUCGAUCGCCAGGUUGCCGCUACCCUCGCUGCGCCUUUCGCCUUCGCUCUGUUCCCAGGAUCAGCGCUCGCCUCGCAGCUCUUUUGGCUCCAAGAGCGACACCGGUGCCGGUGACAACGACGGCAUGAGCAGCGGCAGCAGCCCAGAUUCUUCGUCGAUCUCGCCUCGAUCGACGCCCAUGGAGAUUGGCGGAGAUGACUACGUGCCCCUAAUCGCCAGCCGCAGCUCGCGAUCGCCGCCCCUGUCAUCGCACGCGUUUACCAAGGAUCCUCGCAACUCGUGGUCGCCGAUCACGUCGUUGCGCGGCGAGAAGCGCACUAUCUCGGCUAUCUCUACCUGA